GCCUGUUUGGAUGUUAAAAAAAGGAGGGGGAGUAGAGUAGAAGGAAGGAGAGUAAUUCAUUUACUUUGUUUAGAAGUUUUUUAAGGAAGGAGGGGGAGGGAUUUGGAGGGGUUUGGAGGGGUUUCAACUACCUCCAACCCCUCAUUUUUAAUUCCCCCAAAUUGGAGAGAUUUGGAGGGAGAGUAAAACACAUAAAUUAUUAAAUAUGUAAAUUACCUAAUUUACCCUUAUUAUAUUAAAAAAAUUACAAGGCAUAUUUUAACGUUAAAAUAAAACACUGUAACCCACAAGGUCUCAGUUCUCUCAAGCUCUCUGUGUUCUCUGUGUUCUCUCAAGCUCUCUCGGCGCUCAAGCUCUCUCGGCUCUCUCAGCUUACACUGGCUCUCUCUCUCUCUCUCAACUUCUUCACUGUUCUCUCUCACGCCUAGCAUUCUCUCACAAAGAUGGAUAGACAAGAGAAUAAAAGGAGACGUGUAUUGCAAAUUUGGGAAUGGAGACGUGGAUUAUGGGAUUGGGAAUGGAGACGUCGAAUGACAAUUGCUUAUGUAGUUUGUCUUGUUGCCUAUUGGUUAAUACUUCGAAGGAGGCCUCAAAGGAGACAAGUAACUUACUCAAUUAGUAGUUUGAGUUUAGAAAGACGAAGUGUUCGCGAUGAACUAAUGAGAGAGAUAAUUGAAAAUAAAAAGUGUCGUGAUAUUAUACGCAUGGGGCCUGGAGCUUUUUUAGAUUUGUGUGACAUGCUACGUAAAGAAGGUGGCCUCCAACCAACACAACGAGCAACGAUUGAAGAACAAGUUGCCAAAUUUCUUUACAUAUUAUCACAUGGUGUAAAGCAUCGGGAAAUAUCUUUUUUUUUCCGUCGCUCUGGUGAGACUAUAAACCGUCAUUUCCAUCAAGUGUUAAGAUCUGUGAUACAACUAGAAGAGAAGUUUCUGAAACAACCUGAUGGAUCUCAAACUUCAGUAGAAAUACUCAACAGUUCUAGGUUCUUCCCAUAUUUUAAGGAUUGCAUUGGGGCAAUUGAUGGAACGCACAUUCGGGCAAAAGUUCCUAUUGAAGAUGCACCAAGAUAUCGUGGUAGAAAGGACUACCCAACACAAAAUGUGCUAGCGGCAUGUACAUUUGAUUUAAAAUUUACAUAUGUUUUGCCUGGAUGGGAAGGAACUGCGUCAGACUCAAGAAUUUUAAAAAAUGCAUUAAGUAGACGAGAUAAGCUAAAAGUCCCCCAAGGCAAAUAUUACCUUGUUGAUGCUGGAUUCAUGUUGAGGAGCACGCUUCUUGCACCUUAUAGAGGAGUUCGUUAUCACUUAAAAGAGUAUUCAAGAAAUCCACCACAAAAUGCUAAAGAGUUAUUCAACCUUCGACAUUCAUCCUUACGCAAUGCGAUUGAAAGAGCAUUUGGAGUCUUGAAGAAAAGAUUUCCUAUAAUAGCAAGCUCAAAUGAACCAUCUUACGGAGUUCCAACCCAGAAAAAAAUAAUUUUAGCAUGUUGCAUUUUGCACAAUUACUUGAUUGGUGCAGACCCGGAUGAUAGAAUUCUUCAUGAGGUGGAUGAAGAAAUUUUAAACAAUCCUGAACCCCAUGAACAGCUUGGUGCGCAAAGAGAGAGAAAUAAUGAUGAUGUUGCCCAAGGAGAGAUUUUAAGAAACUUAAUAGCAACUGAUAUGUGGAGGGAUUAUACAUCCAAUCCAACUUGAUGUUAUUCUAAAUUUAAUAAUUGUAGACAAAUGUUUCUAGUGAAUUUGGAACUAUAUCUUUGUUUUAAUGGGCUGAUUCUCUUUAGAAUUGUUUUAUUAUUUAAUUUUCCUUUUAUGGACUUAUCAUUUUGUAUAUGAUACAUUUAAUUUGCUUGGGAUAAACUAUUGAAUGAGUUUUGAUUGUGACU